AUGGAUUUUUCAUCUAUAAUUACCAACAUGAGUGUUGGGACAGUGGGCGCUGCUGCAGAGCUCACGUUAGAUCCUAAUUUGAAAUACUGGGUUCUUUUUCCCAUCUCAAUUGUGAUGAUUUUGGUUGGUGUUUGCCGUCAAUACAUCAUGGUACUCUUGGGGUUGAAAAUUAAAACUUACCCUAGAGCAAGGCUUACUGAGGUUCAAUAUAUGAGUAAAGCGCAGGCAUUACUUGGCAAUGGGACUAAUUUAUGCCUUGAGUCUUUCAAAACAAGACAGGAGUACUUGGCGCAGCUGUUGGCAGACGGUAAGUUUCUAGCUCAACAGGAACAGCCAGAAACCCCUCCAAAUCCUCUAACAGAUCCCAACGCCACCGAUGUAAUGAUGAACAUGUUAAAAUCGAAUCUAGCUAACUACAUCCCGCAAACGCUGACCAUGUGGUGGGUGAACCAUUUUUUCGCUGGUUUCUUGUUGAUGAAACUACCUUUCCCGCUCACUAUCAAAUUUAAAGAGAUGCUACAAAAUGGAAUUAUGACCCCUGACUUAGACCCUCGCUGGGUUAGUAGUAUUUCGUGGUAUGUCAUAUCAACCCUUGGGCUUGCACCAGUCACCAACCUACUCUUCAGUAGUAACAGCGAAGAAAGCGAAGCUUUCGCAAUUGCUCAGCAGCAGCAGCAAUUUGAUUCUGCACCAGGUGCGCCCACUCCUGAGGCUAUAAUGAAGAGUCUGGCCAACGAUAUUACAAUCGCACAACACGAGUCAUGCUUUGACACCGUCGAAUCAAGAGUUCUCAACCUGUACGCGAAAUAA